AGUUGAAGAAAAGUGCUCGAAUGUGAAGCACUAGAGCGACAGAGUUUCCCGUUUUUUUCGAACCAUCCACUCUGGAGGCACACAGAAAUAAAACAUAUUAUUUAAAACAGAAAAAGACUCUGCUCAACUACUGCAGCACCACCCCCCGCGUGUCCUGAGGAAUUUUUCUGCGAAACUCGUCGCUUGAAAAGGAAAACUGUGUGAUUUUUGUUCGAGUUUAAAAUUUUCUUUAACCGCGAGUUUUUAACGUUUUUUUCUGCCGUGGUGAGAGCCUUUUUUCUACGCAUAGCCAAUGGCUUAAAUGACGGUGCGAAGGCUCAAAAGGAAGAGAAAAGUGCAAAGAAUAUUUUCAUGUGUGCCGUUUGUUAAUCAUAUGAAACCAUAAAUUCCCAUAUUGCCAUAAUUCACGAAAGCUCGGAUUUUUUUCUCUUUCAUCUUAAUUGCACCGUUGCGCCCCUUUCGUCUUCACCUUGCGAAAACUCUUCGGUUUUUCAUUUUUUUCUUCUUCUCUUCACUUCACCUCUUUGCAAUAUUGCUUGAUAUUUUGUUGGCGCAAAAGCAACACAAAUAAAAUAGCUGUGUGAGAAAGUGUGUGAUGAAAGUUUUUCAAACUGGAGCAAUGGGGAUACCAGCUGGAAUAUUUUGGAUUUUAGCACUCAUGCUGAUCUUCAAUGAAGAUGCAGCAAAAGUUUACUCACAGCGUCAGUCGGCGCGAUCAUCAGGACCCACAGCACGUGCCUUUGGGGUGAAUCCCAAACAAAGCACAUCAACCGCUAAUGCGGAUUUUGACUGCCCCGAGGAGUUUGGUUACUACCCUCAUCCCACCGACUGCACGCAAUACUACGUGUGCGUCUUUGGCAGUGCCCUGCUGGAGAGUUGCACCGGUGGCCUCAUGUACAGCCAUGAGUUGCAAACAUGCGACUGGCCACGCAAUGUGGGCUGUGAUGCUGCUGAAGCUGCUGCAGCACCUUCAACACCCGCAACACGGCAGCAGCAACAGCAGCCUCAAGUAACGCGAGUGCCACAGAUUCAGCAGGUACAACCGCAGAAGAUUCGCUUCACAUCUGUCCCAUCUGUGAUUGCGGGCCCAUCGGCUCCUGCGCAAAUUCAAUCCCUUCCACCACCACCAGAGCUGAGAGUAGCCCCAAAUCCGGUGAUCACAUCACGUGGACAACCUAAGCAGGUGUCUCUACAAGAGGACAUCGCCCAGCUAUACGCAGAUGCCCAUGAUACCCUGCCUCCAGCAGAAGAGGAGGAAUCCGACAGGCAACAGCGAGUGUACCGCGGACAGCCAAGUACAGUGGGUCAGGUACAGCGCGACCGAGACGGUAUCUUCCAGCAGUCAAGUGUAAAUGCCAUCCCGAGUCAUGGGAAAGUAGGAUCAUAUGCAUUUGGUUCUCAGGUCAAUCAGUACAGUAGGGGGAGGAAUCCCACGAGUGUGGGCAGCGGCAAUAGGGGCACCAUGAAGUGGAAGACGGCCAAGAGCACAAAACGACCUGACAGACUCGGAGACCUCGACGAAAGACUCCCCAACAGAGUGGAAUCCUCGUCACCAGCUUCAAAUUCUUACAUUCAACCACAAAAGGUUAAUACACAGAAUACACGAAAUUACUACAAUACCACACAAGGACAAUAUGAUCAAUACGAUCCCUAUUCAUACGUCUACGAUGACGAAGUGGAACUCUACAGAGAUGUUGAUUACAGUCAACAGUACAGCGGGAAUACAAAUCAGAAGCCUCAGCAUCAAUCAACAUACCGUCCAGCCAUUAUUUCAAGUUCAACACCAACUACGGCAUCUCCAACGCCAACACACUCAUCCACACCUUAUGCCCCAGUUCAGUCACACCGCGAUGCCUAUGUUCAUCAGCAACCCCAGCAAUACGAACGCCCAGCACAAGUAUACACCCCCGACUAUGAGGAUGAUGACGUCCUCCUCUCACAGCUCGAACAGGAAGGACUUACGCCCUAUAGCCAGGGAACACGAGAAGGAAUCAGAUCAUCACUGUCGGAUGGUAGCAACAAUAAGACGGAUAGUAAAGUAAUUUUAACACUGAAGGCACGCGCGGAAAUAUCUAAUGACACACACGAGACAUAUCCUGACAUUGAACAUUCCCCAUCCAGUGAAUACCCAUCCCUUUCCCCAGAUCCCAUUCCCACCCAGGAGAGAGUCACACUGUUGAGUGGGGAUCACAUGAGUGAGGUUCUGGAACACAGUGUGGAACCAGAGACAGUAGUCAUCACGAUUAGCCACAAUACCACAAGAGACACUGAUAGUAUCUAUACGAGCACGCCACUGGCACGGGCAGAUUGGGAAGGCCCAUACACACGAUUAACCCUGACCCCUUUCAAUGAGACUGAAUCUGAGGGCAGGAGUACAACGACGACGGUUGCUAAGAAGAAGAAUAUCUUCGAUUAUGUAUAUUCGGAUAUACAGCCACAGAGUUUUAUGCCUCCCGCUGUGAGGCCAUCGUACAGUGAACAACCAUCCAGUGAAGUACCAAUGAGAAGAAUUCCUGUAGAGACAUCCACAGAACCCAUUCCCUCGACGACAACAACAACGACGUCAACACAACAACCAGUGAUUGAAGCUAAAAUCCAUCCUGUGCCACUAUUUUUCAGAAAUCGCGAAAAUCCCCCAAUUGAAUUUGUAAUUCCCACCACAACACAAUCCCCCUAUAAUUGGGAUCAUGCAACAGCAAGAGUUGCAACAGCUACGACAACUCUCGAACGGGUAGUGGAGACAAGCCCACAGCCCCGAAGGAAGUUCUUCAGUACACCAAUACCAGCAACAGAGGGAUUCCCAAGGGUUGGUGGUCAUAGGGGUACAUUCCCAGUGGAUUUUUUCAUCAACAGAACACACACGCCAUUCACAACACCACGGAAUCUCUUCUUCAAAGAAGUUCUCAAUAAGACACUCGAUACAGGCGCCACAAGUGGUCGUCCAAUUGUCUCCCCGUACAAGAGCCUCGAAACGCUCCUCACAACAGACAGUACAAUACGCGCAGGUACAUCCUCCUUGCGGCCCGUGGUGAGGAAUAAUCCGACAAAUGCACAAUCACCACCCUUUCGAAGUCACUUCCUCAUUACGGCCGCCCCGAGGAAUGUUACAAGCACUGAAAGAAGCACAAGUGUGGUCACAACAGAAAGCACAACAACAACAGAGAGCACAACAGCGAGCACAACAACAACGAGCACAACAGCAAGCACAUCAAGCACAACAACAACAACACAAAUGCCCGCUGAAGAGACAACAAUUGCAGAGGAAGAACCUCAUGCGACAGAAACACCUGAGGUGGUGGAAGAUCUUACAGCAGCUAUCAUUUCUAGGUCAAGAAGCAGAACAAGUACAAAAGCCUACAGUCCACGUGGGAGGAUAAAGGGUUCCUAUGUGUACACAACAGCCAAUACGCUCGAUAUUGAUCCCACAACAUAUGCCCCAAAGCUGAGGUUUAUUCCACUGACGCAGGAAGCGAAAGCAGAGUCAACAACGGCACCAGGGAGUAGUCGAAAGCGGGUAAUAAAGAUGCGAGUGCCGCAGAAGAGACUACGCAAUAGAUUGUCAUCCCCAAUUCAGGAGAGAGCCUUCCAUGAAAGCUCAAUUAAUCGGGAUCGUCAGCAGGAGGUGAUUCCGCUGGAGAAACUUUUUCCCAAAAUUAAGAGUACAAUUGAGAAGAAUUUGACAAAGUUUGACCUCGACUCAACCGUGUCCCCAACUGACUCUGAUCAAAAAGUCGUGGAAAUAACUGAUCGUCCAGUUUACUUUACACACUACAAACGCCUUUCAGACAAACCAAAGAAGCACUACCUUGAGAAUUAUGAAUUCAUCCGUGCGGAUGAUGACUUAGCCAAUCAGGCGAAUCGUGAGAAAUUCCGGGCAACCGUUGAAAUGCCGGAAUUGAAUGUACCCACCGAAUCUGAGAGAGCCUCAUUCCGUGACAAUGUUGAGGUGGAGAAUGAGGAGGAGGAGGAGGAAGAUGAACCCGAAGAUGAGGAAGAAAUAUACGAGCCAGAAGAUGUUGAUGAUGAGCUUCUCUAUCAGGAUCGCGAAAAUCCCCUCCUAUAUGAGUAUCCCGUGGAUACUGAGAGUCCCAAUGUUGUUGUCGAUACAACAACAUCAACCACGCGUCGUACAACCACCACUACCACAACCACCACCCCAACGACAACCACGACAACCACGACACCACCUCCAACCACCACGGAGGUUGUGACGACGACAAAGACCACGACAAAGACCCCACAACAGAGUACGACAACAACGAGAACGAUAAUCCCGCCACGCGCCUCUCGGGUUAACAAUGCCAUCAAGACAACCAUUGCAGCCUCGCUGCCGCGCAGGAUACCAGCUGCCUCCCUGAAAUGUACAGACAAUUCGCCAAAUGCCAAAUGCAACGAAAUUCCUUCGAGAACCAAUACCAAUACAAGGAAUCGAGGAAGUUCGCACUAUUCAACAAACAGCGAAAACCAACAUUCAACUGUAACGUCCAAUCGCGGCACGCAUCCACCUCGCGCCAGGCCAACGCUUAAACCUUCCCAGACAAUUGUCUCAAAGGCACAGGAGUACAUUGAUAUCUACAGAUUCCCACCAUGGCGUCCUGAUCCAGUUUAUCCACAACCAACACCCGACAAGACGGCCGCCAAGUGCCGCAAGGAUGUUUGUCUCCUGCCUGAUUGCUUCUGCGGUGGAAAGGAUAUUCCAGGUGAUAUGCCAGUGGAACAUGUGCCACAGAUUGUGUUGCUUACAUUCGACGACUCUGUGAAUGACCUCAACAAGCAACUCUACAUUGAUCUGUUCGAAAAGGGACGCGUCAACCCCAAUGGAUGCCCAAUUACAGCCACCUUCUACGUAUCGCACGAAUGGACGGACUACAGCCAAGUGCAGAAUCUCUAUGCUGAUGGACAUGAAAUGGCAUCGCAUACAAUCUCGCACAGCUUUGGAGAGCAGUUCAGCCAGAAGAAAUGGACGCGAGAGGUAGCCGGACAGCGAGAGAUCCUAUCAGCGUACGGAGGUGUAAAAUUGGAAGAUGUCCGUGGUAUGCGUGCACCCUUCCUGUCAAUUGGUGGCAAUAAAAUGUUCAAAAUGCUCUACGACUCCAACUUCACCUAUGAUUCCUCGAUGCCCGUGUACGAGAAUCGUCCCCCAAGUUGGCCCUAUACGCUCGACUACAAAAUCUUCCACGACUGCAUGAUCCCACCGUGCCCCACAAAGAGCUACCCAGGUGUGUGGGAGGUGCCAAUGGUAAUGUGGCAGGAUCUCAAUGGGGGCCGGUGCUCAAUGGGUGAUGCCUGCUCCAAUCCACCCGAAGCCGAAGGUGUCGUGAAGAUGCUAAUGAAGAACUUUGAGCGUCACUACACAACCAAUAGGGCACCCUUUGGGCUGUACUACCACGCAGCGUGGUUCACGCAACCGCAUCACAAAGAGGGCUUCAUUGCCUUCCUCGAUGCCAUUAAUGCCAUGAAGGAUGUGUGGAUCGUCACCAACUGGCAAGCGCUCCAGUGGGUACGAGAUCCCACACCCAUUUCACGACUCAACUCCUUCCAGCCCUUCCAGUGCAAUUAUGCAGGACGUCCUAAACGCUGCAACAAUCCAAAAGUGUGCAAUCUGUGGCAUAAAUCCGGCGUGAGGUACAUGCGAACGUGCCAGCCGUGUCCGGAUAUCUACCCCUGGACCGGCAAGACUGGAAUUCGAUCGUCUCGCGUUGACAAUGAAAUUGAGGAGUGAGCUCAAAACUCCUCCAGAGCGCCAAUUUUGAGCGCGUUGACUAUUGAUGAUGAAUUUCAACACAACAACAACAAAAAACCCUAUGAACAGCAAAAUGAGAAUUAAUCAAUAUUUUAUUUUUAGUACUGAUGAGAAAAAAAACAAGAAAAAAUUAAUUAGUGUGACAAAAAAAUUGUGAAUUUGGCUUAUUAAUUUAUUUAUUGCUGCAAAUGAAAAGAAAAUCAAAACCCCCUUUAAGAUGGUCAAAAGAAAAGUCAAUUAAUUUCUGAAAAAAAAUCAACUUUGCGCGCCUUUAGCUGCGUGUUUUUUGUGAUAAAAUGAAUGUAUUACUUUUUUUGGGGGAGGCACGGAGAAGUCUCUCCCAAGAAAAAAAAAUGUGAAAGAAUACUCCUGGCGCAAGUUCAGAGAUCAAUUGAUGCUUAAUUAUCACAAAAAUGAAGAAGAAGAGAAAUGUUCAACUUUUAGCAGUGUUGAUAAGGUGUCCAGUACAUCGUAUUGCCGACAAAUGAGAUUUGUUUUAUCACUUAAUUUAUGUGAGGAUUUAUUCGAAGCCAUUUUUUUUACUUAAUUUUAUUGACGACUUUUAGUGGAUUCUCCGGAGAAUAUUUUAAUUUCGAUUGUGCGCGCCGACGUGUCUCGCGGUAAAUGAUGGGCUGCAUACCUUUUUGACUUAAUAUAAAAUGAAAAAACCACGACAAAGAAAUGAUGGCGAAUUUAAAUGUUUAAGAUUUGAUAUAAAUGAUGAGUGUGAGAAGGAACAAAAUAUCGUAUUAUGACUUCUUCUAUCUAUUCAAUAAAGCUUCUUCUCCUUAAUUUUUAAGUCCUCCUUCUUAAUCCUCUACACUCUUCUUCUAAAUUCUCUCUAAGAACUUUCUUCUUUCUUAUUUGAAAUCUUUUUCUUUUCUUUUAUUUAUCUCAAAAUUUAUUUCUUUAUUACUUUUUAAAUCUCUCUCUUUUCCCAUGAGCUUUAUUCUUUAUGGUAUGUCUAUGUUUUUCAAUGCUUUAGAAGUUUCAUGUUAAAAUUUAAAAAAAAAAUGUGAAUUCCGCGCAAAAUGAAAAUUUUCUUUGAAAAUUAAAUUAAAAAAAAACUUGUACAUGUCGAGAAAAUUUAGAGAUAUUUCUGCUUCGACUUUGGGAAUUUGGAAAAUACAUUAUAUACCUACCCUAAUAGGAAUUUUCCCCUUCCGAUGUGUCCAUUGAGAAAUAUCUGAAACACUCUAUGUAAUUAUUUUAUAGGCUUUAUGUAAUAAAACAAAAAAAGAAAUGAAAAUGUAUUAGAAAUAAUAAAAGAGAAAAUUAUAUUUAAAAAGAAAUAAA